AUGGCACAAUUAGUUACACAAGGAGAAGGAGGAGAACGUGCGCUUUCUAACGAUGUGCUGGUGGGUCGAAACGGAUCCGUAGAAGCUGUCGAAGGGGCUGUUCAACGCUGCAAAGACGCCGUUGAGGGUUCGCUGGAUGCCGAGACUCCGACAAAGCUCUUGGAGGCGCCUCUUUGUACGACCAGCACUAGUACUGCGAGUGGGGAUAGUGAUGAUGAGUUUGCUGUGAGGUAUUCCGCGGCUCAGCUAAAGGCCAAAGUAGCGCAGGCCAAGUACGAGGUCAAGCUGGCGAUGGACGCCGAGCUGCUGGCCGUUCGGAAGGAGCUGGUCGAGCGGCGCUACGAAGUUUUGGAAUGUGCGCGCGAGAGAGACAAAGUCACGGCUCAGUGUGAAGCCCUUCAGAAGAGACUGGAUGCUGUGCUGCACGAAAACAAGCAGAUGGCGAGUGGCACGCGCGAGGAUCUCCAGCUGGAGAAGCUCUUGGCGACGCUGGACGUAGAGAAAGCUACGCGGCAAAAGCUGCAGCAAGACUUUGAGAAGCAGCGACGAGAGCUGCUGCUAGCCAAAGACCGAGUGGAGAAACUCGAUCUGCAGAUCGCCAACUAUCAAAAGACGGAGACGGUGCUAGCUCAGUCCGUCGCGCACCUGCAACAUCGCUUCACGAUGAAAGACCAGCAGCGCGCAGUAUCAGCGGAGCACGUACAGCGAGAGUUGAUUGAGAAGUACGAGCAGGACAUGGCAGCGCUUCGUGAGGAGCUGGCAACUGCUCGACGUACGGAGAAAAUGGGCCGGGAACAAGUGCAAGAGCUCCAAAAGGAGCUUCACGUGGUGCGUGAUAAUGUGCGGCAAGCGUCAGUUUCUACCGAUCACGUCGUCGCACGCGAACGUGAACUGCAGGACAUGGUCGCACAGCUGGAGAUGGAGAAAACGGAGCUCCAGUACAAGGCAGAGCAAGCACAGAAAGCAAAUGCUCAGCUUCGCAGCCAGCUCAGUGCCCAGCGUGAGGAGCUCUCGUCGUUGCGGCAUGAGAAAGAAGGGCUGCAGCGAGACAACAAAGAAUUGGGUGAGAUAGCCAGCGACCUGAUGCAAAUGGCCGAGAGGCAGUACGCUGAGAACGUGAAGCGCGGUACCGCCCCUGCAAGAUCGACAGAUAACUCCGUAGUUGACACAACUGGAAACAUUCACGAAGAGGACGGCAUCUUUCUGCGAAAGCGGAAAAAGCGCUUACGUUUGUCUCUCGGCUAA